AAAGCGGAAAUCUAAAGGUUAAGGUGCGCUGGGGUCUUUGCUCUGACUGCGCUGUGUCUCUACUGAUUUUCCUCAUCCUCCUCAACCUCACUCUGAACUUCACACAGCGGAUAGACACCUGUGCGGCACUCCAGGACAGGGAUGGCGGGUACAUCGAGACACGACAGAGAGAUGGCAAUGAAUGCCAAGCGCCAGCUGUCGGACUGCUCAGACCCCAUAGAGAGACUCCGGCUGCAGUGUCUAAUUCGAGGCUCGUCUGGGAUCAAAGGUUUGGGCAGAACCUUCAGAGUGAUAGAUGAUGACAACAACCGCACACUGGAUUUCAAGGAGUUCAUGAAGGGGUUAAAUGAAUAUGGAAUCAUGAUCGAGAAGGACGAGGCCACAGCACUGUUUCAGCAGUUUGACCGUGACGGGAGCGGGACCAUUGACUUUGAUGAGUUCCUCAUCACUCUGAGGCCACCGAUGUCCAAUGCCCGUAAGGAGGUGGUCAUGCAGGCGUUUCGAAAGCUGGAUAAAACAGGUGAUGGGGUGAUCACCAUUGAAGACCUGCGGGGUGUUUACAAUGCCAGGUACCACCCCAGGUAUCAGAAUGGGGAGUGGACAGAGGAUCAGGUCUUCAGGAUGUUCCUGGACAGCUUUGACUCUCCGUAUGACAAAGAUGGAAAGGUGACCCAGGAGGAGUUUAUGAAUUAUUACGCUGGUGUGAGCGCCUCCAUCGAUACGGAUGUCUACUUUAUUGUGAUGAUGAGAAAUGCCUGGAAACUCUGACUUAGCGUUUUGCUGGUGACCAAAGACGAGUUCGUGAAUUAUUACUCUGGAGUCAGCGCCUCCAUCGACAGCGAUGUCUACUUUAUACUAAUGAUGAAAAAUGCUUGGAAGCUCUGAAUCAAAAAUAAAACUACAAAUUGAUUAUACUGGGAAACACCUCAUGGCUCAAUUAGGAUACAUUCGUAUUUUAUGAUCAUCAUGAUGUGUUACUUUGGUCAGAUCUGUAGCUUAAAUUCAGAUAGAAAUCAUGUUCCUCACAGUUUAGUCUGACUUUUGUCAUUUUUGUAUUACAUUAACAUUGUUUUGAUCAUUAAUUAAAUGUAGGUGGACAUGAGGAAACAGCAGGAUUUAAUUUUUUACUUUAUUAUAAUAUACAUUGAUAUGUAUUGUGAUUAAAUAAAAACAAUUCCACAAUGCAUCAACACGAGUACAAUCUAACAUUACCA